AUGUCUUCUACGCUUGAUCCUCACAAUUCGCCCUUUAAGCCAACGAGCGAGAAAAACAAACAACAGGGUUUUGUUUCCAAAGAAAGCACCCAAAAUAACUUAACUCAAUGGACCAGUAAAAGAGGUCGAGUAUGGAAAUAUUUUGUAACACCAGAUAUUUCACUCGAUGGUAAAAUUCGUAAAGCGAUAUGUAAACUUCCCGGGUGUGGAAAAGAGAUUUUUUACAGAGGCUCAUCAUCAAUAUUGAGAUAUCAUUUAAAACAAUGUCAUAACAUUGUUGUGAAUGCAAACUUAAACAAGUUAGCUACUCAAGAUCAACAACGAAUUCUAUCUGUGAAUCAUACUGUAAGUCGCAAAAAGUCUAAAAAACUUGAUUCCUCAAAUUUCUUGCAAUUUGUUAAAUCUAAGAAUUUCCGGUAUCACAUACCUGAGAUCGCUAAAUCACAAAUAAUUGAUUCUUACGAUCAGUUAUUUGACAAACUAGAAAACAUGCUUAUGCAGGUCAAACAUGUAUCAUUAGCGAUUGCAGUCUGGAAAUUCGACGAGCACAUUUCAUAUAUGGAGAUAACUUGUUAUUGGCUUUCGGAUGAUUUUCUAUUGAACGAAAUUCUAUUAGACAUAAUUCCUAUCCCAAAAUUUUUUAAUGAGGAAGAAAUCAGUGAAAUCCUUGAUGACGUUUUCAAUAUAUGGGAUUUACAUGGUAAAACCAUUUCAAUAACUAGGAUGGAGUUAUGGGAUCCAAUACACACUGGAAUUGAAGACUUCGAAUACAAUAUAGGUGUUAAUUGCAUGUCUUACGUUAAGGACUUUACAAAGUUUAUAUUAGAACCGGAUCUUGAACUUAAUAUCGAUGUUUUUCAAGAUAAAUUCAGGGAAUUAACAAAAAAGGAAAAAGAUAUCAUUAAGGAGCAAGCGAAAAAGAUUGGUCUCGGUGUAAAAAACUCCAAACAAUUGAUGACUUAUUUAGUUACGCAUGAAUAUGAAUUUAUUAAGAAGGCACUUAGCAACACCGAAGAUUACAAUGCUGAUGAUCUUCUUCAACAUAUCAAUAACGAACCGGCAUUUAUAUUAUAUGCAUUGGAAUAUAUGAUAGUAUUAGAAAAUCCGAUUAGACAAUGGAUCGUUACAUUGUCCAAUAACUCAAAGACCGCAUCUAAAGCAAGAUGGAUAAGUAACCUACUGCCAGAUGGUAUGACCAUUAGAUUCUUUACCAAUAUGGAUGCAUGUUUUAAACAACUAAAAGUUGUUAUGCAAAAACUUGGUGAAACAAAAGAUAAACUCCAUACUUUAUUAACCGAAUUUCUGAACUUGAAAAGACAUUUGGAGACAUAUGAUAAGAAAAUAGAAGAGCACGCUAGUCAAAAUCAAAUAUUUAUAAACGAAAUUCUUGCCAGGUUUAUUAUUCAUAAUAUCUUUGUCGCACUUGACGAUAAAUUUUGUAAUAUGUACUAUAAACUCGCAUUAUUUAAUCCACGAUUCGACAAAGAUAUGUUUAAAGAUGACCAUAGAUUUAAAAAGGCCUCUGAAGAUAUUAAACAGGAAUAUUCAAGAUUACGCAAGAAUAACCCAUUACUUCAAAGUUUAUCGACUGAUUCUAAAUUAAGCAUUGAUGAAUUGGAAAGUUACGAGAUGUUAUUGCAACAUAAUAAAAGUGAAUGCAAUGAUCCUAUUAAUUGGUGGAGAGAACAUAAGAAUGAAUUUCCUACCAUGGCAAAGCUCGCGCAAAAAUAUUUGGCCACUCCUCUGACAUGCUAUUCUCUCGAAGAAUCAUACUCCAAACAUUGUAAAGAUUUUGAAAUUUUAAUGAAUGAUCUUGUGGAUUUUGAUAUGACCAAAAAAUUUAAAUUUCUCAAGCAUAAUAUGAAGUAUUUAUGA